AUGAAGAAACAAAACGUUGAUAAUAAGAAAAAACAAAAUGACUCGAAGAAAGCCGGUCUGGUUGCUGGUGCUAAAAUUAAUAAAGCUAUCAAAAAGGAAAAACCUGUAAGUAAAGUUGAAAAACCAAUUAAGCCUGCUAAAAAAGAAAAACUUGUCGCUCAAGUUGAAAAACCAACUAAGCCUGUUAAAAAAGAAAAACUUGUCGCUCAAGUUGAAAAGCCAAUUAAGACUAUUAAAAAAGACAAACUUGUAGCUCAAGUUGAAAAACCUGUUGAAAAAGUUAUUAAAUUGAAUAAAAAACAAAAUAAAAAAGUUGGUUCAACAGAAUUGACAAAUACGAAGCCAGUGAAAGAAAAUAUUAAAAUUAACAAAGAACCAACAGAAAAAUCUAAAAUUUUACAAAAAAAAUCUAAAGUUCAACAAUUAAAGAGGAAAAAUGAAGCGGAGCCUGAAAUAGUCAAAAAGUUGAAAAAUACUGAAGCAAAAGCAACUUUAAUGAAGAAAAAGGUGAAAAAGCCAAUUAUUGAAGCAAGAGUAACUAAAGAAGACAAAAAACUUAAAUCAAAUGCUGAACAAAUUGUUCAGACUGAUAAAAAAUCAAAGGUAAUUGUUAACAAAGUGAAGAAAUAUGCGGAAGAAGGAAAGAAAAUUAGUAAGAAAAGUAAGCAAGAUAAAAAAUCUAAGAAAGUAAUAAACGGAGUUAAAAUUGAAGUCGACGGUGAAGAAAAAGUAGUCAACGACCUGGAGAUUGAUGAAAACCACGUUUUGCAAGCCGUUGAUGGUGUAUUACAACUUGCUGAGCAAGAAAAAAGCGAUAAGAAAUUAUUUUCAUCGGACGAUACUCCAAUCUUUUUACAAGUCAAUUGUAUUAAGAUUCCCAGAGUACCUUACCACCGUUUGAGAAUAUAUUUGCCGCAUGAUAUGGUGGGCCCGACAGAUGAUGUCGCUCUGUUUGUUGGUGACUUGGAGAAAGGACGUCGCAAGGACUACGAAAAAACUAUCGAACAUUGGCAAAAUAUUCUGCAGGAGAAAGGAGUAAACCGGAUCAGAGAAAUAAUUCCAAUGGCUAAAGUCAAGGCUGAGUACCGCCAGUUCGAGAUGAAGAGGAAGCUCUCGAAGCUGUUUGAUUUCUAUCUGGUUGAUGGAAAAAUUGCAGGACACUUGACUCAUCUUCUAGGAUCGACUUUUACUCGUGGUGCUAAUCCACCCACUCCGGUAAGGUUAUGGCGAGAUAACCUGAAAGGAGAGUUCGAUCACGCGCUCAAGAAAACUUGCAUGGAAAUUCACGGGCACGGUGGUACGCACUGUGUUAGAAUUGGUACAGUUGCUAUGCCCAAGAAUCAAAUUGCUGAGAAUAUUUUGGCAGCUUGUAAAGUUUUAGAGAAAGAGUAUCCUGGUGGAUUUGAUAAUAUACGAUCUAUGACCAUUAAAACUAGGAGAAGCUUGGCUAUUCCUGUUUAUUAUUCAAUGAAAAACAAAGACGACGUCGCUGUGCCAGUAGUUAAACCAAAACGACCUAAAGCCUACAAGGAUGUAGUUGGAGGACUUUCAACUCUCGACUCAGACGCAGAAGAAGAUGUUCAAAUUUCAUUGACUCCUCGUGGUGAUGUCAAAAUUCUUAACCCAAAAGUUGCUAAAAAAUUCUAUGAAGAAAAUUAUCCAGUUAAAAAGUUGAAGAAAUUAAAAAAUAAAACAACUUUCAAAGCAAAAACAACUAAAACCGUUCAAAAAAAAGUUUUAGAAAAAAAAACAAUGAAAAAAGUAAAAUAG